UUUGCAGCAAAUAAGCUUAAUUGGUAUUAAUCAAAUUUUGGCUCAAGGCCGAGGAUUUGACAACCAAACUUGACAGCAAAUAAAUAUAAAUAUUAUAUUAUAUUUAUAUUUAUAUUUAUUAAAGCUUAAAAUAGUCCACACUUUAGGCCCUAUAUAUAUAUUCAUUGUUCACUAUUUCAAACACACCUACACGUACUAGUAUAACCUUUUUAGGUAAAAGCCAAAAGAUGCAUUUAUUUAUUUAACCUUAAUUAACAAGAAAAUAAGAUAAUCUGUUGAGCUCAGAUAACAUUGACCUCCUCUGACGAACAUAAUCCGAAACUCGACCCCCCAGGAAAAACCGUCGUCUACGGGGGAAAAAAUCUACCGACCGACUCCGAUUAUUUUUCUUGUUUAGGAGAAGCUACGACCCGGUUAGUUUUCCCAUCCAAUCGGCCCUUUUCAUAUCAUUUCUUCGCAUUUUCGUGUACUCCGCCUACUCGAUGGCGUCCGGUUUUUGCUGUUAUCUUUUUCUAAUCAUUCGUUCAUCGAGGGAAUACUGAACUCCAGAAGUGAUUUUCAGGUCGAAGUGCCUGCGUUGAACACUGCGUCUGUUUCAGUGCAAAUGGAAAGGAGAAUUUGGUUAAAGACGUUUAUUUUCGUAUCUAUAUUUCUGCUCUCACCCGGAAGAGAAUUUAAAAUCAGUGCGAGGUUCAAAUCUGAUUUGGCAGUUUAUAACCACACCCUCGCCAUGAUCUUGGUGGAAUAUGCUGCAGCAGUCUAUAUAACAAAUACAAUUGAACUCUUUACUUGGACUUGCUCCAUUUGUGAUGGUUUAACCAGGGGAUUUGAUAUGAUUGAGCUGAUUGUGGAUGUCCAUUACUGCCUGCAGGCAUUUGUUGGAGUGGAUCCUAAUAUUAAUGCUAUUGUUGUUGCAUUUAGAGGCAGUACAAGCAGGUUUUCCCAGUCGUAUGCAAAACAUUGUCCUUCCUACACAUUAAUGUCUUACUAGUUCCGGUUGUUUCAUUUUAUUAGCAUACAAAACUGGGUUGAAGAUCUAUACUGUGUUGGAUUAUUUUCAAACAUGAAAGAUGAUUGGUUCACAUAAUAAUGGAUUAAUAAUUUUGUGGCUGAUUUUAUACUAUAUAAUAUCAUUAUGUAUGUACGUAUUUAUGCAUGAUGAUAUAUAUAGUCAAAGUUUACACUCACACGUGUAACUUGAAUGACCCAUAAUAAUAUUAAUUAUUAUUUUAAUGUUUAUCUAUUUGAGAUAGACAUGAUGGUUGGACACAAGGGCAGUUAAUUAACUACCGUGCAGCCAAAGAACACAAGGAACGGACAUGUACCCCUAUAUAUAUUGAUUAGCUUGUUGUGUUUUAUACGAUUCAUUUUUUUUUUUGUUUUCUUCUUUAAAAAGUUUUCACACAAACAAAUUCAUAUACACAUUCUGCAGAUGUGUAUGAUACAUUAGCAAGGCUAUUAGUUACAAAGUAUUUAGGAUUAGAUUAUUAAGUGCAAAUAAUCUAAUGAGGCUUCAUUGUAUCCUAAAGGCAAUUCGUUGGACCAUAUGCACUAUUUAUGUGGGACGUAUUUCGCCUAAAGGAAAGCGAUUUUGAUCGUGACUUGAAGCCGGAGUAGUUCUACCUUCGUUUUUCAGUUUAUUGUUAAUUAAGUAGUAUUUCAAUAAAGUUUAGUGUUCUAGAUUUCCAACAAUCUUUAGGCGAAAUAAGUUUGUUUCUGAAAUGGCAAAUCUGCAACAAUUAACCACCGACUUUGUAAAGUUGGAAAAAUUUGAAGGAGGAAACUACAUGCGUUGGCAGAAGAAGAUCAAGUUCCUGUUGUUCAAUCUGAAGGUUGAUUAUGUUUUGACCACACCGAAGCCCGAGGAAUCCGAAAGUGAAACCAUGGCUGACGCAAGGGCGAGGAUCAAGUGGUUGAACGAUGAUGAAAUAUGCAAAGGACAUAUUCUAAAUGCUCUAUCGGAUGGCCUGUUCGAUGUGUACCAGAACACCCCUACCGCAAAAGAACUGUGGGAGACUUUGAACAAUCGCUACUUGACUGAAGAUGUGACUAGUAAGAAAUUUCUAACUUCCCAUUUUAUGAACUAUGUCAUGUCUGAUGACCGUCCUAUCUCUAAUCAAUAUGAUGAGAUGAUGUGCAUUUUAGGACAAAUGAAACAGUUAAACUUAAACAUGGAUGAGACUAUUUCUGUUUCAUGCAUCCUAGACAAACUGCCUCCCUCAUGGAAAGAGUUUCGGAAAAGUCUGAAACGAAAGAAGGAAGAUAUGUCUCUACGAGACCUCGGGACACAUAUUCGUGUUGAGGAAGAGACAAGGAAACUUGAAAAAAGGGAUCAACCCGAAUCUUCCAAAAUCAAUAUGAUUGAGGAAGGAAAGCCUGGACAGAAUUCUAAACAUUCUGGAAAGAAAAGGAAGUCAAAUGAUGAUGGACCUAAGGAGAGUCACAGCAACAAAAAGAAGAAAGUCACAUGUUGGUACUGUAGUAAAGUUGGCCACAUAAAACGUGAUUGCCGAUUUUACAAUCAGAAACAUGGCAAUAAAAGCAAAGAUAAAGGCAAAGAAAAAUUUGUUGCUGUUAUCACAGAAGCCAAUAUGGUGGAAGAUGAUGGUUCCUGGUUUAUUGAUUCUGGUGCUACCAAGCAUGUGUGCAAGGAUAGGAGUAUGUUUACAUCCUAUGAGGCUCUUCAAGAUGGAAGUGUCAUGUACAUGGGGAAUUCUUCUACUGCUAUGAUCAAAGGUGUUGGACAAGUUGAUCUGGAAUUUACUUCUGGAAAAAUAUUGUCUAUAACUAAUGUGUAUCAUGUACCUGAUGUUAGGAAGAAUCUUGUGUCUGUAGCCCUCCUUAACAAGCAUGGUUUUAAACUAGUGUUUGAGGGUGAUAAAUUUGUACUGACUAAAGGGGGGGUAUUUGUAGGAAAGGGAUAUCUGUACGAAGGCAUGUUUAAGCUUAAUAUCAAUGAAAUAAAGAACUGUUCUGCUUAUAUUGUUUCUUCUUCUUCAUUAUGGCAUUCGAGAUUAGGACAUGUUAAUACUAAACGUAUGAAGGACAUGGCAAAGUUAGGCUUAAUUCCAAAACAUGAUGCCGAGUUGGAUGAUAAAUGUGUAGUUUGUGCACACACAAAAAUCACUAGAAAACCUUUUAGUAAUAAAGUAGAACAUUCUUCUUCUUUAUUGCAUUUGAUACAUAGUGAUGUUUGUGAUUUUCAUAAUACUCCAACAAUUGGCAAGAAAAUGUAUUUUGUGACCUUCAUCGAUGACUACUCAAAAUAUUGUUAUCUAUAUUUGUUAUCAAGUAAAGAUGGAGUUCUAGAAAAAUUUAAAAUAUACAAAAAUGAAGUAGAGAAUUUUUGUAAUUGUUCUAUUAAGUGCCUAAGAUCAGAUAGAGGAGGAGAAUUUCAUUUUCCUGCCUAUUGUGAAUCUGUUGGGAUUAUUCAUGAAACCACCAUGGCAUAUACUCCACAACAAAAUGGAGUGGCAGAAAGGAAAAAUAGAACAUUAACAGAAAUGGUGAACUCUUUACUUUAUAACUCUGGUUUGAGUAGUGGAUUUUGGGGGGAAGCAAUGUUGACGGCAUGUCAUGUUUUGAACCGAAUACCUCACAAGAAAACUCAUGUUACUCCAUAUGAAUUAUGGAAAAAGAGAAAACCAAAUUUGAGUUAUUUGAAAGUGUGGGGUUGUAGGGCAAUUGUUCGCUUACCUGAACCUAAAAUUAGAAAGUUGGGAGUAAGAGCUGUUGAAUGCAUAUUUGUGGGAUAUCCUGAACAUAGUAAAGGGUAUAGAUUUCUUGUGGUAGAACCAAAUGAAUUUAUUGGUGUUAAUUCUAUCAUUGAGUCUAGAGAUGCUAUUUUCUAUGAGAAUAGUUUCAAGACUAUUUCUAGGUUUAAUGGUUCGCAUGAAUCCCAAAAGGAACAUGAGGUUAUUGUCUCUAAGAGAAAUCUUGAACAAGAAGAAGUUCAAGAAUCUGAACCUGAACCCGAACCUCAACCUAGAAGAAGUAAGAGAACUAGAAUUGAAAAAUCAUUUGGACCCGAUUUUGUGGUUUACUUGGUUGAAGGGUCUAGAUCUUCUCAUUGUACCCAAACUAUGAUUUCUAGUAGUGUUGAGCCUGAUCCCCAAACUUUUGAUGAAGCUAUGAAAUCACAAGAUGUUUCGUUUUGGAAAGAAGCUAUCGAUGAUGAAAUGGGUUCUAUCAUGGGUAACAACACUUGGGUGUUAGUUGAUUUACCCCCAGGGUCUAAACCUAUAGGGUGUAAAUGGAUCUUUAAGAAAAAGAUGAAAGUUGAUGGAACCAUAGAUAAGUUCAAAGCUAGAUUGGUAGCUCAAGGCUUUACCCAAAAAGGAGGUAUCGACUAUUUUGAUACAUAUGCUCCUGUUGCUAGAAUCUCUACCAUUAGAGUUCUUGUAGCUUUGGCUUCUAUAUAUGGUUUUGUCAUCCAUCAAAUGGAUGUGAAAACUGCAUUUCUCAAUGGAGAAUUGGAGGAAGAAAUAUACAUGAAACAACCUGAAGGUUUUGUCAUGCCUGGACAGGAGAAGAAAGUAUGUAAACUCAUACGAUCUUUGUAUGGACUGAAACAAGCUCCAAAGCAAUGGCAUGAGAAAUUUGACAAGGUUAUUGUAUCCAAUGGAUUUGCAAUCCAUGAGUCAGAUAAAUGUGUUUAUAGUAAAUUCAGUGGCAAUAAAGGUGUCAUUAUAUGUUUGUACGUUGAUGACAUGUUGAUUUUUGGCACUGAUAUGGAAUCAGUACACCAUGUUAAAUCAUUCCUAUCUUCUCAGUUUGAGAUGAAAGAUAUGGGUGUUGCUGAUGUGAUUCUUGGAAUAAGGAUCAAGAGUAUUGACUCUAAAUUGGUUCUUUCACAAUCUCAUUAUGUGGAGAAGGUUUUAAAGAAGUUCAAUCAAUUUGAUGGCAGUCCUGUAAAUACUCCUUAUGACCCUAGUAUUAAACUGUAUAAGAAUACAGGAAGAGCUGUUAAUCAGUUAGAAUAUUCUAGGGUCAUUGGGUCAUUGAUGUACAUUAUGACGUGCACACGACCAGACAUUGCUUUUGCUGUUGGGAAACUUAGUAGGUAUACUAGUUGUCCUAGUAACAUUCACUGGAAUGGUGUUAAUCGAGUACUGAGAUACUUGAAGAAAACCAUGGAUUAUGGUUUGUACUAUAGUGGUUAUCCUAGUGUGCUUGAAGGUUUUACUGAUGCUAGUUGGAUAACUGAUCGAGAGGAUCACUCUUCCACGAGUGGUUGGAUAUUUAUGCUUGGUGGAGGUGCAGUUUCAUGGGCCUCCAAGAAACAAACAUGUAUCACUGAUUCUACCAUGGCUUCGGAAUUUGUGGCUUUGGCCUCAUGUGCUAAAGAAGCUGAAUGGUUAAGGAAUCUCCUUAUAGAGAUUCCUGUGUGGCCAAAACCGGUGUCACCAUUGUCUAUCCACUGUGAUAGUGAGGCCACUCUGUCUAGAGCCUAUAGCAACAUUUAUAAUGGAAAAUCCAGACACAUUGGACUUCGCCAUAGCUAUGUACGACGAUUGAUAACUGAUGGUGUGAUAACUAUAAACUUUGUAAGAUCGUUUCAGAAUUUGGCUGAUCCGCUUACAAAGGGAUUGUCGAGGGACUUGGUCUUUAAGACCUCCAAAGGGAUGGGUCUUAUGCCCGUUUAAUGAUCACCAAUAAUGGAAAACCAACUUGACUCUUAAAACAUUAAGAGUACUAGUUCAAUGGCUAAAGUACAUUAUAUGUAGUGAUUGAAGCACAAAUAAAUUUGUAAUAUCUCAAAAGUUCUAGUGCUUGUUGUUCGUAGUAGUACAGAGAGGAUGAGCAGAAGGCUCUUAAUGAACUUACAAGUGUUUACAGCUGCGAGAGCACAAAGUUCACCUAUAUGAGUGUUUAAAGUGGUGCCGCUUUAUAUGAGUUGUGGGCUUGACUCUAUAUCACUCCUGAACAGGAUAUGGACACAUGGCCAAUUCACGUGUCGGCAUUGUAAAAAUACUACUGUAACGUUGGAUAAUUUAUGUGUGUAAUCGUCUCCGGUUAGUUAUAUGGGAAAUUGGUUCAAUGAUCCGUCAACCAUUAUUUCUUUAUUAACUUUGAGAUGUAUACACUAUAUUUUGGUUCAAGUCGUGAGACACCAAUAUUAAUGCAUAAAUUCCUAGCCUUGUUUAUGUACAUUUUAUUUUAGCUUGUGAUUUUCUUUCAUUUUGAAAAUAGGGGGGAAAUGUUGGAUUAUUUUCAAACAUGAAAGAUGAUUGGUUCACAUAAUAAUGGAUUAAUAAUUUUGUGGCUGAUUUUAUACUAUAUAAUAUCAUUAUGUAUGUACGUAUUUAUGCAUGAUGAUAUAUAUAGUCAAAGUUUACACUCACACGUGUAACUUGAAUGACCCAUAAUAAUAUUAAUUAUUAUUUUAAUGUUUAUCUAUUUGAGAUAGACAUGAUGGUUGGACACAAGGGCAGUUAAUUAACUACCGUGCAGCCAAAGAACACAAGGAACGGACAUGUACCCCUAUAUAUAUUGAUUAGCUUGUUGUGUUUUAUACGAUUCAUUUUUUUUUUGUUUUCUUCUUUAAAAAGUUUUCACACAAACAAAUUCAUAUACACAUUCUGCAGAUGUGUAUGAUACAUUAGCAAGGCUAUUAGUUACAAAGUAUUUAGGAUUAGAUUAUUAAGUGCAAAUAAUCUAAUGAGGCUUCAUUGUAUCCUAAAGGCAAUUCGUUGGACCAUAUGCACUAUUUAUGUGGGACGUAUUUCGCCUAAAGGAAAGCGAUUUUGAUCGUGACUUGAAGCCGGAGUAGUUCUACCUUCGUUUUUCAGUUUAUUGUUAAUUAAGUAGUAUUUCAAUAAAGUUUAGUGUUCUAGAUUUCCAACAUACUGGAAGCAGCUUGAUUUAAAUUAUCCAGGAAUGGAUGAUGCAAUGGUGCAUCAUGGAUUUUAUAAUUGUUAUAAUGAUUCCAAAAUUCGUACUGGGGUGUUAAAUGCUGUUAAAGAAGCCAAAACAUUCUACAAAGAUUAUCAGAUUAUGGUGACAGGACAUUCAAUGGGAGGUGCAUUGGCAUCCUUCUUUGCGCUGGAUCUCACUGUAAUAUUACCAAGUCUCCAAUCAUUUGAAAAAUAAUAAUGAGUAUUUAUCCAUGUCAAUUUUGGUGCUGAAGAUAUUCAAGUUAUGACAUUUGGACAGCCUAGAAUUGGCAAUGCAGCAUUUGCAUCCGGUUAUAGCCAGCGUGUGCCAAACACUAUCCGUGUCACACAUGGGCAUGAUAUUGUGCCUCAUUUGCCCCCAUAUUUUAGUCUGUUUCCUUCAAAGACGUACCAUCAUUUCCCUUUAGAGGUUUGGCUUUAUAAUUUUGGUUUUGGAAGUUUAGUUUUUGCAUCAGAGAAGGUUUGUGAUGGUUCCGGGGAAGACCCAACUUGCAGCAGGUCAGUGACGGGGAACAGUAUUUCAGAUCACCUCUCAUACUAUGGUGUUCAUCUAGGAAGUGAGGAACCAAUUUCAUGCAGUAUUGUCAUUGACCCUCGUAUUGCUAGUUCUAGGACACAAAAUCUUAUUGGGAACGUGGUUUUACCCAAGAUAUCAUUGCUGGAGUCAUAAGAAUGUACUCAGAUAUUGUUUACCAGAUAUAUCAUAUAUGUAACUGUAAAUAAGAUUUGGCUGAUUACCUUCUGGCCCCAUUGCAUAUGCGUAAUUGCGUUGUCGUCUUUAUGCCAUGGUAGGUCCGAAAAUUAUUUUUUACCGCAUGUAUAUUUGUAUUUUUGGUUUGAGAAAGAAAUUAUACUAAAAUGAAGAAAAUAUUUCCUUGGUCCUGAUUAAAA